AUGAGUUUCAACCAAACUCCAACAGUAGUCGUCUUGAGAGAGGGCACUGACACGUCCCAAGGAAGAGGCCAGAUCAUCUCCAAUAUCAAUGCGUGUAUCGCCAUCCAGGAUACUCUGAGGCCCACGUUGGGUCCUCUUGGAUCAGACAUUUUGAUCGUCUCCUCCAACGGUCGUACCACCAUUUCCAACGACGGUGCCACCAUCCUGAAAUUGCUAGAUGUUGUUCAUCCCGCAGCCAAGAUUUUGGUGGAUGUUUCGCGUUCCCAGGAUGCUGAGAUCGGUGAUGGAACCACAUCCGUGACUUUGCUCGCGGGCGAGCUGUUGAAGAGCUCUAAAGCUUUCAUCGAGGAAGGAAUGUCUUCAAAUGUGAUAGUCAAGGGAUAUCGUAAGGCAUGUCAGCUAGCUGUGGACAGGAUCCGCGAACUAGCCAUCGACAUUGACAGUUCGGACGCGACCAAGUUUCGCGGAUUGCUGGAGAAGUGUGCGAAGACCGCCAUGUCCUCCAAGCUUAUCUACAACAAUGCAGACUUUUUCACCAAGAUGGUUGUUGAUGCUGUGCUUUCUCUGGACCAGAAGGACCUUGAUGAGAGUCUGAUCGGUAUCAAGAAGAUCCCUGGAGGUGCCAUGCAAGACUCCAUUUUCGUGGACGGUGUGGCAUUCAAGAAGACGUUUUCGUAUGCCGGGUUCGAGCAGCAACCCAAGACUUUCCGCUCCCCAAAAAUCGUGUGUUUGAACGUUGAAUUGGAGCUCAAGGCAGAGAAAGAUAACGCCGAGGUGCGGAUCGAGAAGGUUGAAGAUUACCAAUCCAUUGUCAAUGCCGAAUGGGAAAUUAUCUUCCAGAAGCUUGAGGCUGUUGUGGCAACUGGGGCUGACAUCGUACUUUCCAAGCUUCCUAUCGGUGAUCUGGCUACCCAGUUUUUUGCUGACCGUGGUCUCUUCUGCGCCGGAAGAGUUGCCUCCGAAGAUAUGGACAGAGUCAUUCAGGCCGUUGGAGGUGCCGUCCAGUCAACGUGUUUGGACAUUCUCCCAGAGCACAUUGGUACAUGUGAUCUGUUUGAAGAAGUCCAAGUUGGUAGUGAAAGAUAUAACCUCUUUAAGGGCUGUCCUGAGGCCAAGACCUGCACUCUUUUGUUGAGAGGUGGUGCCGAACAGGUCAUUGCUGAAGUCGAGCGUUCUCUUCACGAUGCUAUCAUGAUUGUGAGAAGAGCGGUCAAGAACCACCAAGUCGUUGCCGGUGGAGGGGCCAUCGAGAUGGAGCUUUCUAAGUACUUGCGUGAUCACUCUCAUACCAUUUCAGGAAAGCAGCAAUUGAUCAUUGCCGCUUUUGCUAAGGCCUUGGAGGUUAUACCCAGACAAUUAUGUGAAAAUGCGGGCUUUGAUGGUACCGAUCUGCUCAACAAGCUGCGUGCUGUUCAUGCUAAGGGCGAGACCUGGUACGGAAUAGACUUCAAGUCUGAGACUAUUGGCGACAAUCUGGCCAACUUUGUGUGGGAACCAGCCCUUGUGAAAAUUAACGCUUUACAAUCUGCCACGGAAGCUUCUACAUUGAUUUUGUCUGUGGAUGAGACCAUCACUAACCAGGAGAGUUCUGCUCCUAAUGCUGGGAUGGCUCCACCUCAGGGACGUGGUAUGCCAAUGCCGCGUUAA